AUGCUUCUGGCGUCGCGCUCCUCCUGCAUCUGCGGCGUUUUUUGGGUCUCCCAUUUCCUGGUCUGAGUCGGUAAAGAAGAUAGUGUGCUGCUAUCCAGUUGUGAUAGCUGAUCUCGUUUUACCAGUCUUCAAGACUUUUAUCGGAGUUAAAGUGUUAAGUUGUGACAAUGACAACUGAGGUUGGCUCAGAGACUGAAGUAAAGAAAGAUUCUGAGCAGGUGGGAGCAGACAAAGCCAAGGACAAGCCUGAAGAAGCAUCAGAUACUCCAGAAAAUCAAAAGUUCAGAAAAGCAUCCUCCGAAGAAGCUGUAGAUUCUUCCUCUGUCCCAGUGCCAACUAGCCAAAGCAGCCCAAGUAUUCAGAAGAAGGAAAAGGAUUUUUCUGAAAGCAAGGGUAUUUCUCGUUUCCUGCCCCCAUGGCUUAAGAAGCAGAAAUCCUACACCUUGGCAGAGCCCAAAGAUGAGGCCAAGAAAAAGGCUGUAGAGGAAAACCAAGCAAUUGAAGAAAGUGAAUGUCAGCUUCCAGAGGAGGUAGCUCAGCCAAAAAGGAGUUUAGAAGAAGCAGCAACUGAAAAUCAGCAUAAUGCUAAAGCUGAUGAGAAGGAGGAAAAGCACUCUGUUAGCAGUGCUGAAACACAGCCUGCCAAGGAAGAUGGUAAAGAAAUGGAAGUUGAAAAAGUUGCCGAGGAAAAGGAAGAAAAACAAGUAGAAAAAGAAAAAAGGGAGACCAAAGAGGUGCAGACAAGUGAAAGUAAAACAGAGAACAUUCCCCAGAAGUCUCCCAAGAAAAUUAAAACUGUGCAAUGUAAAGUGGUGCUUCUGGACGGUACAGAAUACGGCUGUGAUCUAGAGAAAAGAGCAAAAGGUCAAGUGCUGUUUGACAGAGUAUGUGAACAUCUUAAUUUACUGGAAAAAGACUAUUUUGGUCUGUUGUUUCAUGAGAAUUCAGAUCAGAAGAACUGGCUAGAUCCUUCAAAGGAAAUUAAAAGACAAAUUCGAAGUUUACCUUGGCAAUUCACCUUUAAUGUGAAGUUUUAUCCUCCUGAUCCUUCACAGCUGACCGAAGACAUCACCAGAUAUUUCUUGUGCCUGCAGCUUCGUCAGGAUAUUGCUUCCGGUCGACUGCCAUGUUCUUUUGUGACUCAUGCCCUCCUUGGUUCAUAUACUCUGCAGGCUGAAUUAGGUGACCAUGACACAGAGGAGCACCGCAGUGAUUAUAUCAGUGAAUUCCAAUUUGCACCCAAUCAAACUCAAGAAAUGGAAGAGAAAGUAGUUGAGCUACACAAAACACAUAGGGGCUUGACACCAGCACAGGCAGAUUCCCAGUUCCUAGAAAACGCCAAGAGACUCUCCAUGUAUGGAGUGGAUUUACAUCAUGCCAAGGAUUCUGAAGGUGUGGAUAUCAUGCUGGGUGUAUGUGCUAAUGGACUGCUCAUUUACAAAGAUAGACUCCGGAUCAACCGCUUUGCUUGGCCAAAAAUUCUGAAAAUUUCCUACAAGCGAAGUAAUUUUUACAUCAAAGUCAGGCCAGCAGAACUGGAACAGUUUGAGAGCACUAUUGGUUUCAAACUGCCAAACCAUCGGGCUGCUAAAAGGUUAUGGAAGGUUUGUGUGGAGCACCAUACUUUCUUCAGACUUAUAUCACCAGAACAGCCACCAAAAGCAAAGUUUCUAACCUUGGGUUCAAAGUUCCGCUACAGUGGACGUACACAAGCGCAGACGCGACAGGCUAGCAACCUCAUAGACAGACCAGCUCCGUACUUUGAGCGCACUUCAAGCAAACGUGUUUCCAGAAGCCUUGAUGGAGCUCCCAUAGGUAUCUCAGACCAAAGUCUGCUAAGAGACUUCCCUUCUGCCAGAGCGGGGCCUGCUGGAGAUAAAAUCAUUGACAUUGAAGGUGCUGGUCAGGCCAAGUUAAAAGAAGGCAGCAGAGAAGAAAAUGGAAGCCCUGUCAAGACUCCACAGUUAGAAUUGAUUCAGGAUGGAAAGAACAAUUCCUUGAGAGUAGACGGGGAAAAUAUUUAUGUCAGACAUAGCAAUUUAAUGUUGGAGGACCUGGAUAAGACCCAGGACGACUUACUGAAACACCAGGCUAGCAUUAGUGAGCUCAAGCGCAAUUUCAUGGAGUCCACACCUGAACCACGUCCAAAUGAGUGGGAAAAGCGGCGUAUCACACCUCUGUCCCUACAGACACACGGGAGCCUAGAAGAAGAAAUAACGUCAAUUUUGUGUAGUAAAGAGGGCUUUUCCUUCGCCGCAGCCGGCGUGCGGACAGCAGAGGGCGCUGCCGGGAAGGCCGAGGCCGCCGCCGCCGCGCCGCCGCCCCAGAGACAUGCUUCCAGAGCAGAAGGGCCUUGCACUGGAGUCAGCGAUGCUGAUAAGAGUUCACAUGAGACUCUGGACAUAGUGGAGGAGAAGAAGCAGGCAGAGGUUGGGAGAGAAGAAACAGUAGUCAUAGACGAAACCAACAAAGGGAACGUGCAAGUUGCCACUGAUGCUGGGGAAACAUGUAAGGUGGAGCACCUGUCAAAAAAAGACUCAUCAUCUUUGCCAUCAGAUAGUAGCAGCAGUAGUAGUGAGAGUGAGGAUGAAGAGGUGGGAGAAUACCAGCCACAUCAUAGGGCAAUUGAGGAGGUCAUCAGGGAAGAACAAGAAGAAGAAGAAGAUACAAGCAGAAAAAAAGAGCAUGAAGAAAAGAUAACGCAGCAAGUAGAAGCAACAUCAGAAGGCAGUAAACUAAAUGUACCGGUUGAGCGCAAACAAGUUACAGCUGCAGCUUUGGUCCAGGAAAAUGCAGUUACAAUAGCUACAGAAGAGAAGAAUUUCUCAGAUGAGAUGAAGCAAAACUUAGGUGAAGAAAAAGAGGAAGAGCAGCUCAGACUGAAUGGAGAUGUGUCUCAUGUUGACAUUGAUGUUGCACCACAAAUAAUUUGUUGUUCAGAGCCUCCAGUAGUGAAAACGGAGAUGGUAACCAUUUCAGAUGCUGCACAGAGAACUGAAAUCUCCACUAAGGAAGUUCCAAUUGUUCAAACAGAAACUAAAACCAUCACGUAUGAAUCUCCACAGUUUGAUGCCAAUACAGGUGGUGAUGCUGGUGUGCUGCUGAGUGCACAGACAAUUACAUCAGAAUCAAUUUCUACCACCACAACUACACACAUCACAAAGAUGGUAAAAGGUGGAGUAUCAGAAACAAGAAUUGAGAAGCGCAUUGUCAUUACUGGAGAUGCAGAUAUUGACCAUGAUGAGGCCCUGGCACAGGCAAUCAAAGAAGCCAAAGAACAGCACCCUGACAUGUCUGUCACAAGAGUAGUGGUGCACAAAGAAACUGAACUUGCUGAGGAAGAUGAAGAGUAAAAUCAAAUGCCAUCAAGCAAGUGUUUUAGAAGUAAAAAUAAUAAUACUGACCAUGAUCAUGACCAUGAAGAACUGUGAUCAUUCCAAGCCAUCACUACUCUACCGAAUUCACCAAGCCUAGCAGUGAGGACCAGACAUUGAAGACCGAAAUGCCCAUACCAAACAGGAAUUUAGCAUCUUUGGUCUAUAUUCCCUUACAGUCUUUCUUGUUUAUUUUUUUAUAACCACUUCUUAACAAUCUUAGUUUUUUUUAUGAAGUUUUAGAAGAUUUCAUCUUUUUUGCACGGAUACUUGCCCUUUUUGAAGCUGAUUCUUGAUUAUAUGAAAGUGAACAAAAAAUAUAAUAUGGUAAGCAUUGCUCACUGGAGCAGGUGGUAAUUGUGCAGAAAAGAGGAUCUUAACUAAGUUAGAUAUAGUUUUUUUUCCAAGUAUUUCAAGAGAAAUCUCUUACUGGAGUAAUUUACAGAAUUUUUUUUUCGGAUUAUUCAGGUAAAUAUAUGGUAUCACAUAACAAAGCUUUUUUUAUAACAGUAAAACAUUUCCUAAAAUUUGACAAAAUAUAUUUCUUUGAAUAAAUUUUUUUUACUGAUAUAUCUGUAACUCCUUCUGUUCUAAGGAUCUCCUUCUCUCUGUGGGACAGAGGUAGUGUGGCAGUUUGCAGAGGAAAAGGAGUAGAGAAAAUUUUCUUCUGACUGAGCACUGUGUUUUAAAAAUCUUUUUGCACUUUGGUGCCGAUGCUCAACUUUGUAGACAUUUUGCAGACUGCAACAUUCCAGAUAAGGAAAGAAGGAAGAACGAAGCAUCUUCUCCUUCUUCCAACAAGAGAUCAUCUAGGCAGCUUAAAACCUUAGUGCUUUUUUUCUUACUGUGUCCAAACUUCAGCACUUCCAUUAUUUGAAUACAUGUAUAGAAUGCUCACUUUUCUAUUAAACCUCACUGUCUAUAUGUUAGAACUGACAUUUCUGUUAUUGAAAAGGUAUAUGUUUCAGAUACUUUGUCUAAUGAAUAAUGCAGGUUUUUUGUAUACUGAGGAAAUUUGAGUGAUGGAUUGCAUUCAUAAAGUGAUGAGACAGUAACAUGAUUUGAUACAGACUGCCAUUGAGAAAACCUGUUCAUGAUGUUGGAUUAUAUUUUUAUUUUGGGGGGUAUUUUUUCUUCUUUUUUUUUUUUUUUGCUGUUGACUCUGUGUAUAGUUAAAAUGCCAAAUUAGAUUUAUAGCUGCUUGAAGUUCUAUUAAGUGAUAUUUUGCUUUCUGUAAUUCUGUUAUAAAAUAAAGUUGUUUAUUCUCUA